AUGUCUCAAAUGGCCGUGCCACAGGGCCUGGCGGACAUGUCACAGAUGGCCGUGCCUCAGCUUGCUGCGGGGAAGGGCGCGCCAGCAGGGGGGGCAGUGGGGCUAUCAGGGCUGAAGGAGCUUGAAUUCAUCUCGUCUGCUUUGGAAUCUUCCGUGCACCAUACAGGUAAGGGUGCAGGUGGGAGUGGUGCUUCAGGGGAGGGGUGGGAAGUACUGAUGUUACUGCUUGGAGGGGGGGGGGGUUGGGGGGUUCGGGAAGCAGUGGGGCUGUCUGGGCUCAAGGAGCUUGAGUUCCUCUCGUCUGCCCUCGAGUCCUCUCCUUGGUGCACCACUCAGGUGGGAAGUACUGAUGUUACUGCUUGGAGGGGGGGGGGAUGGGGGGUUCGGGAAGCAGUGGGGCUGUCUGGGCUCAAGGAGCUUGAGUUCCUCUCGUCUGCCCUCGAGUCCUCUCCUUGGUGCACCACUCAGGUGGGAAGUACUGAUGUUACUGCUUGGAGGGGGGGGGGAUGGGGGGUUCGGGAAGCAGUGGGGCUGUCUGGGCUCAAGGAGCUUGAGUUUCUCCCAACUGCUCUCGAGUCCUCGGUGCACCUCUCAAGUGGGGGUGUGGGUGUGUUGCUGGUGAAAUUGUUGGUAGUGGUGCUUCUGUGGGUGGGGCAGUGGGGCAGUGGGGCAGUGGGGCCAUUUCUCUGUCGGGGCUGA